UCACUCAUUAUGAGCAAUUCUUAAUCUUUGAAGUUUCAGAUACAAACCAAUAGAACAAUGUUUUGUUUUUUGUUCGGAUGGAGAAAAACCUCCAAGUGUAAGAGUGUAGUGAAACAGCUUCAAUGUCGUCUAAAGCUACUCAAGAACAAGAAAUACGCCAUUUCUUCACAUUUACGAAACGAUAUAGCUCAGUUACUACGUAUUGGUGAACGAGACCGUGCUCUUCAUCGUGCUCAACAACUCUUCCUUGAUGAGAGCUUAAUGUCUCUCUACCACUUGUUGCUUCACUUCUCCGACAUUAUCCUCUUCAACCUCUCUUACAUUCGAAGACAUAGAGACCUUCCUAAUGGCAUCAACGAAGCUGUUUCAACACUUGUCUUUGCCUCUGCUAGAUGUGGAGACUUGCCUGAGCUACGAGCCUUGAGGAUUCUUUUUGGUGAUCGUUAUGGGAAACACUUUGUGGACACGGCUCUUAAUCUCCUGCCUUGUAAUCGUGUCAACCCUCAGGUUAUAGAGAAACUCUCCAUAAUCACAGUAUCGGAUGAUGCCAAGUCCAAACUAUUAGGUGAAAUAGCGGAAGAGUACAAUCUUCGUUUAGAAGUUUUGGCGCUCGAAUAUACUCCAGAAUUUCACAAACAGGUAAAAGAAAGCGAGUAUGUAGAAGAAGAGAAAGAAGUCAUGGGUACCGAUUCUGCUCAGCCGUGUGCAUCACAAAAGGCUGAUAGCGAAACAGAAGUGUAUAAGUUUACUCUCACGGAUGCGGAUACAGAGGAAAAACAAGCGCAACAAAGUCGUAGUAAAGCAUUAAGUGAUGAGGAUGAUUGCAUAGAGGAAGAAGUGGUGGAAAAAGAUCAGAGUGUAUUCAGAUUCAUAGAGACUGAAGAAGAGAAAAAAGAGAGAAAGAGGUCAAGGAGAAAAUCAAGAUCAUCAUCAUCAUCAUCAAGCAGUCCAAUCGCGAAAGACAUGGAAUGUUGGAGGUACUACUACAAGGGAAAGAGAAGUCGUCAAAAGAAAGAGUGUGGUAAAUGUUACCAUAUAGUGUACAACGUGUUUACAAUGUUUCCGGAUCAAAAGGAAAGCGAAGAAGGCGAAAAAAGUUUGAAGAAAGCUAUGCAUGUUCAUCCUAAGCUUCCCGACUAUGAUCAGAUUGUUGCUCACUUUACUGCUCUUAGGAAACAACAACAACAACAAAAACAUAUGCGUUCACGAUAAUUUGGUACUCUCAUUCUUUCAUAUGAACAUUUGAAGUAUUUUUUUUUAUCCAAAAAAAACAUUUAAAGUAUGAUUCAUUUGAUGUUAUGAUAUGUGAUUUAGUCCCAAAAAAAAAAAAAAAAAAACAGGGAACACAUAAUUGUGCUUUAAUUUUUACUUAAGUCCAAGUGAAGACUAUUAGUACAUAACCAAUAACAUUUAAUUAUAUUACUUUUCUAUAAUUUCCUUUGUGAAACUAGGAAAAAUAUUUGUAACUUAUUAGUUAUUAUUUGAAAAUAGAAAGGAUAAGAACACCUUCAAUACAUAUAGUUAGCUUUUUUAUUUGUUAAGAAGGUAAAUAUUUCAUAAAAUGAAAAAAGUUUAGGAAUACAAUCAAAGAUCAUAGGCCUACGCAAUGUCCUAUGGCAAAAAAGAUAAAAACAUAGAAGCAUAUAUGAAAAACACAUUUUCAGUCCAUCGACUUGACGCUAACACCAAAGCUAACAGAGUUGGAUGAAGUGAUUACAAUUUUGAAGUUCUUCCUUUUGAGUUACAGAAGCCGAAAGACAACAAAGCAACUUGUAAAACGUUAAACUUUGCAAUAUGUCUAACACUAGAAACCUUUCACAUGCGGCCCGAGACUGAGCCGUCAACGGCAUAGUUCUCAAAACCUUUCAC